AUGACAAGUUAUAUUAAAUUCACGCCUAUUUCUGGCUCCAAGAAUGAAGAUCCACUUUGCUAUCUAUUAGAGAUUGACGAAGUAAAGAUAUUACUAGACUGUGGCUGGUCAGACUCCUUUGAUAUAGACAGUCUUUCAAAUUUGAAAAAAAUAUCAAAACAGAUCGAUGCUGUUCUUCUUUCUCAUAGUGACCUUGUUCAUCUUGGUGCAUACCCUUAUGCACGAAGUCAUUUAGGAAUGACUUGUCCUGUUUAUUCAACAGUACCUGUCGCUAAUAUGGGAAAGAUGUGUAUGUACGAUCUUUACCAGUCCAAAGCCAAUGAGGUAGAAUUUAAGACGUUUACAUUAGAGGACAUUGAUAAUGCAUUUGAAAAAAUCGUUCCACUCAGAUAUUCUCAACCAUUCAGUCUGACAGGAAAAUGUCAAGGUAUUACGAUCACGGCCUAUGCAGCAGCACAUACCAUUGGUGGUACGAUUUGGAAAAUAAAGCAAGAUACAGAUGAAAUAGUAUACGCUGUUGACUUUAACCAUAGAAAAGAAUCUCAUCUAGAUGGAACUGUAUUGCACUCGGGUGGUGUCGUCCUUGACUCUCUCACUCGUCCUUCUUUACUCAUCACAGACGCAUACAAUUCACAAGUCGUUCAUCCGGCUCGUAAAGACAGAUAUGCCGCCAUGUUUGAUACCAUGCUGACUUCCUUAAAAAAUGGUGGAUCUGUCUUGUUACCAACUGACUCAUCAGCGCGUGUAUUGGAGCUAUCCUAUCUUCUAGAUCAGUAUUGGGCCCAAAACGGACUGAACUAUCCCUUGAUCAUGCUCUCAAAUACAAGCUAUCACACGAUUCAUUUUGCAAAGAUUAUGCUCGAAUGGAUGGGUGAAGAGUUGACGAGAAGUUUUUCACAGACACGAGAAAAUCCAUAUGAAUUCAAAUAUGUAAGACUAUGUCACAAAAUAGAGGACUUGGACAAAUAUCCUGGACCCAAAGUCGUCAUGGCUAGUCACCAUAGCUUAGAAACAGGAUUUUCUCGAGAGCUUUUCUUGCGUUGGAUGACAAGCGAUCAAAGAAACAACAAUACCCUCAUCUUGACAGAUCGUUCAGCUCCCGGCACGCUUGCACGCCGACUCUAUGAUGACUGGGAAGCAAAGACGGCUGAGCCUGUCAUAACAGGAGCAAAUAGAACCAAGGUCCCUGUGAAGCCUGCGAUCACGUAUGAAAAUAUCUUUGAUUUAAAAGUCUACAAGCGUGUUCCUCUUGAAGGCGCUGAAUUGCAAGAGUACGAGUCAGCUCAACGAGCAAAGGCAGAGAAAGAUGCAGCACAGGCAGCCUUAAUUGCAAGAAGUAAAAUUAUUAUGGAAGAAGAUGAAUCUGACAAUUCAGAUAUUGAUGAAGCAGAUGAAGAUAUCGAGGGUCUCUUGACAAGGCAGUUUGAUCUUUAUGUUCGUGACGCAGGAAAGUCAGGCGGCUUCUUUAAACAUGCACAGAGUUAUCGUAUGUUUCCCUAUGUGGAGAAACGAAAAAAGAUUGAUGAUUAUGGUGAAGCAAUUCAAAUUGAGCAUUAUAUGAAGAGUUCAGAAUUGGAGAGAAUGGAGCAAGAGAAGAAGCGAAUCGGUCAAGGAGCUAACUUUGGAAAGGAAGAUGACAUGCAAAUAGAUCUUCAGGAACCUAUACUACCAGGCAGAGAUGAAUCACCCACAAAAUAUAUCUCAAGCAAUGAGACAUUUUCGAUUCGAUGUCAAUUAAGAUAUGUUGAUUUAGAAGGUCUCUCAGAUGGUAGAUCUAUGAAGACCAUUCUGCCUCAGAUUGCUCCCAGAAAGCUAAUUAUCGUUCACGGCUCCAAGUCGUCUACACAAGAUCUCGAAUCUGCCUGUCAAGGGAUUGAGUAUUUUACAAAGGAAAUAUUCACACCAUCUGUUGGAGAAGUACUUAACGUAUCGGCAGCAACCAAUAUCUACAGAGUCAAGCUAACUGACAGCAUGGUCAGCUCUCUUCAGUUCUCCAAGUUGGAUGAUUACGAACUAGCCCGGGUUGUAGGUCGUAUUCACUUUCCUGAAGAUUCAACUACCCCUUCAUUGGAUGUGAGUAUGGCAGAUGAGCCAGCUCAAUAUGAGCCAUCAGUAUUUGUGGGAGAUGUUCGUCUAUCAGAGUUUAGAAAAGUAUUGCAAGCAGAAGGAAUUCACGCUGAAUUUAAAGGUGAAGGUAUUUUGGUCUGUAAUGAACGAGUUGCCGUCAGAAAGACUGGCACUGGUCAACUGUUGGUAGAAGGAGUGCUAUCAGCAGAUUACUAUAAAGUCAGAUCAUUAUUAUACUCUCAACAUGCAAUCUUGUAG